AUGCAAUGCAGAGUGUUUAGUUUGGCUCUCCUGUGUUUAUUAGGUUAUACUCGAGCUAAGUUACAUCGCCCCAACCAUUGCACACACGGCGAUAUGAUGGUAAAGUGUAUACCAGUUUGUCCCAGGAUCUGCUCGGACUUUCUCUAUAGACAAAGGUGCAUCCCCAAAAAAUGCGAGCGAGGGUGCGCCUGUCCAAAGGGUUGGUUGCGACUCAAACAUAACCAAGGAAGAUGUAUAACGCGCAAGCAGUGCACGCGAUAUAUCAUAGAGUAAUAGAUUUCCAUAGGAAAAACUGAACUAAUGCCUGUUUGCUGCCCUUUUCUAACAUUUAAAUUGUGUAAAUGCGAGCAGAAGAAACUCUGACGACAAUAACAAUGAUUUGCA